GGCGAUCGGCGAAGGAGCGCGUCGCGGGUGCGCGGUGUGUGUGCCGACGACGAGGAGGACGACGACGACGCCGUCGCCGACGGACGUGCGCCGAUAACAUGAUAACAUGCAGAUAAUCGCUAGUGCAAUGAGCAGUCAUCACGAUAUUGACUCGUUACCAGCGUUGAUCGUCGAAAUAAAUGGGCAAGUGGCGCUCUUCCGGGACCUGCUGAUACACAUCGGUCAGGCGAGGGACUGCCCGGAACUGCGCGAAAAGAUCCGGAAGCUACGGCGGAGCUGCGUGGAGGCCUGCAAGCAUACCAGCCAGCUGAUAUUGCCGCAAUUACGCAGCUCCGUCGCCGAAGGCAUCCCCGAGGACAACCCGCAUCUAGUGCUUCUGUUCUUCAUGUCGCAGCUCUUCCUUCGCGAACUCACCAAGUGCCAUCGUCUAGUUCAAAUUAUUCCCAUGGACAUGUCCGGAUACUACGAAAACCGUGCGGGCCCAUCGAAUUUAGGCAACGUCAUCAGCCAAAUCCUGCUCUGUAAGCAGAUCACGCCCGACUUCAAUCAGGAGGAGCUGUGCAGCAUUUCGAAGGACUCGGCGGAAAUAUCCAAGAUCCUCAAAGAGAUGCAGGAGUACAUGCCGAAGCAGGAAAACAAUUUAGAACGAGGUGGAGCGUUGGUGGAUGACGUACCAAGCCAGUGGACCAAUAAACAUCGAAGGACCUCGCUGUACAAAAACAUGGGACUGUUGUGCUGCGUGCGCAGGCCGAACUAUCUGUGACUGUGUCCGAAAACAAAACGAAAUCGAAAUCGACAUCAUCUCAUCACAAUUAUUCAACAGCGAGAAGAGUGAAGUAUAAAAAAUUAAAAUAAAAAAGAAUGGACAUUUUCAUCGGGCGACAAGAUGGCGGAUUGUAUGAUAUUAGUCUGUACAGAGUUCUGUAUUACCGACAUGUGGAUAAAUACGUCAAUUCAUCAUGCAACAUCACAUCUGUACACCAACAUCACGCGCCAUCUUGAAUUAAGCUACAAAAAUAGGUUAUUAGUUAGAUGAAUGAAGAAAAAAAACACGUGGUACUUGGAUCAAUAAAUUAAGCGUAACGUUAUUACAAUAAAAAUAAAAUACAAAAAUAUAUUAUAUAUGAAUAAAUUACAAUAAGAAAAGAAUUAUAAUUAUAUCACGUACACAUUGAUAUUACAAUUACAAUGUGAGAAAUGAGAUUUGAUGAAUUAUAAAAAUAUUCUGCAAAUAUUGUAACAUAGCCUAGAGAAGGAUAGUUUUUAGGUAGAUAGGCAGAGCCGUAUCAGAACAAAAAAAUAAAUUCGUGUAUUUUCUAUAAUUAUAAUACAUACUACUCGUAAUUAUUAUUAUCAUUAGGCACUAAUAAUAUUCUGCAUAGUUUGCAAGUUUGCAGUGAAAUUUAAGGUUGAAUAAAAUGAAACACAAGCAAAAAUAAAGAUUAAUAAUAUUCACAGUCAAUAUUAUAAUACACGUUGCGUCGUGAGUCGUUAGUCGCGAGUAGAGCUACACCUAAGUGCACACAUUGUUUUAUUUAUAGACACAUGAACACUUGGUAUGUUUAUUUAUGAGUUAUGCGGUGGAUUGUAUUGCAAGUGCGAGAUUUUAAUAUUUAAACAGAUUUUAAUGAUUGUUUUCGGAAUUUUAGUAAAAUAAUUGGUUACAAAUUUAAUGAGGUUAAUUGUUUAUUAAUUAUUAAUUAAUUUGAUACCAAAAUUUUCAUAAUUUUUGGGUAAUAUUUGAAUGAAAGUGACUAAAGUACUUUAGUCACGAGUUUUAGUCACGGGGCGGGGCUUGCGCCUGCGCAUUUGCUUACGGAGCAGCAAAAUACCAUUUAUUAUUAUUUUUUAUUAUUAUUUUGUAUCAAAUUUAAUUAUUUUUCUAGAAAACCGCGAAAAAAGAGAAAAAAUUGCGUAAUUUCAACAAAUUUUAAGUUUUGAGCAUUGAAACUACUAUAAGCAAUUAACUAAAUGUUAUCUUGGUUAUAAAUUGUUUUAUUUACUAAUAAUUUGUAAAAUUCCAACAAAAAACUUGAAUUUUUAUUUGUUUAGAUCAUUAUUCUGCACUUGUAAUACAAUUCUCCGUCAAAAACGCAAAUUAAUUUAUUCACAGCUUAAAAUUUUAAACAAAAAAAAAAUAAUUAGAAAGAAAAAAUUAAAGCAAUAAAAUUUUCCAAUUGGAACAAUAAAAUAAGUGCGAUAUUUUCAAAAAAAUAAAUAAAUUAAAGAAAAUCUUUUCAAUAAUCUGAUAAAUCUUUAAAUUAACGCUAAUUAUAUCUACACUUGAACUUAACGCAAACAAACACACAAGAUUGCACAGUUUGCACCAAUUACGCUCGUAGUUAAUGAAUAAAUCUAAAUAUUCCACGCCUAUAACAACAAUAAAUACAAUUUAUUACUAGUUAUUCAGUUACGAAUGCAAUUUGAUUGAUUUGCGUUAAAUUGUUAAAAUUGCUUCAUAAAAGCUUGACUAAUAUAUUGAAACAAAUUUCUUACACAAGCAUCAACUAAAAACCCACAUAAAUAAACAUAUUAUAUUUUUAAUUGAUGCUUGUGUAAUGUUUAUGAACUUACUUAAAAAUAACGAAACCAGUGACCAAAUUCUUGCGCCUUAUUUCAUAUUCUCUAAUUUAUCUGUAUCGAGCUAAGAAAUGACAAGAUGACAAACGAGAUGAAAUCAAAACCGAAACAUUAAAUACAAACGAAUAAUGUAUUAUUACAUCGUUUAGCUCAAAAAUCGUUCGUCUCACAAACACAAACAUUAUAAUUCUACAAAAGAGAAAUUAAAACAAAAAAAAAACGAUUCUAAUCUAAAAUACUCGAAUUACAACCAAUUAGCAUUUACCAACUAAGUGUCUACUCAAAUAAUACACCAAUUUUUGAACCAGAACAAAAACACGGUGAAGGUGGUGAAUCAAGUAGGAAUUUUAACAUUUCGAGAUUUCAGAUUUCGAAUGAGUCUUGUGAGUCUACACAAAUUUAUUACGUGACUUAAGUCGUGUUGUCUGAAUGUUAGCGUUUUCGAAAAGAAGAAACAAACACGUACAUAGUUUUUAAUGAUGAUGGGAAUCAUCGUAGAAAUUUAUUUAUACAAGAAUAAGGACUAAGUAUUAUACAAAAAACAAGAUGAAAACGUAUAUAUUAUACAUAUUAAUAUUAUAUUGCGAACAAACAUGUGAGUAUCGAGUAAGGAACAAAUGAAUACACACAAAAUGAUUAUAUUAACUCUAGAAACUGUGAUAUAGGUGGUUAAAACAACUCCGUCAAUUUAUAAUUAAAAUUUGUUGUGCGUUUUGUUGUGGAUUUGUGAGUUUUUAGGCAAUGGUGAAGAAUAGCGGUCUAAAAAUAUGGAAAGUGGAUAUUGUUUAGUUUUUUAUUGAUAACUCAGAAAGUUUUUGAGAUACAAUAUUGGGUCUUUUAUAGGUUAUUAAGUAUUAAAUUUUGCUUAUAUAAACGUUAAAAUUGAAUGAAUAUUGCUAUUUUAUAAAAGUUACAGGCUUUUAAAGUUGAUUUUGAAUAAAUUGUAAAAACAACUUUAAUUGCUUGUAACUAAUUAAAUAAAAUUAAAUUAAUAAAUUAUUAGUUAUUGUUAAAUAAAUAAUUUAUUUUAGAAUGCAUUUGUCUAAAAACAAAUGUUCUAUUGGUAAAGUUCUUUGUUAAAAUCAUUGAAAACUGUCAAAAAACAGUUU